UCGUCCCGUAUGCAUUAUUAAAUCUAAUUAAACAAUCGGCGAUGAUUUAAUUCUGCGAUGAUACCCGCCGUUCAUUUCAUCUCGCCUCUCUAGUUCAUUAGUCGAAAUACAUACCUGUGUAAUUAGUGGAUUUGUUCUAACCUAUAAACGUUUUGCCGGUAGUGUAAAUCGCGUUCAAGACAAAUAUCCAACUGCUUUUAACAGCGAACGCAGGAAAAAAAAAUAAAACUCAGGGAUAGAUAAACGACAGGUUCCAAUCUUUUCUAGUACGGUACGGUUUUUUUUCCUCAAAUCUAAUUAGUUUUUUUAUUGUCGUUCGCGAGGCAAAAUAAUAAAUCAAUUUACCGUAAACAAAAUUAAAUUAUUUUUCUUUUUUUUUUGUUCGUGUUAUUCGAUUGACUGAUUGACCCGCUAUGCGAUUCUGGUGAGUUGGAGAAUUUUUGGCGAAAAUUUGUGAUUUUUUUCGGGUCGGGUUGUUAAUAAAACUGUAGAGAAAAAAACAUGGUGUUAUCUGUGAGGACUGUAUGUGCUGCCGGCUAUUUUAUUUUUUCCUAUCUGGUUUUCGCGGGACUUGUUAAUGGAAAACCCUCAACAAUUACAAUAACUUUACCUCAAGAAUCUACCCAAUCUAUGACCAAUUCUGCUAUCCAGCUCAUCGAGAGUAAACAUGGAAGAUAUCUCAAUAUUUCAAAUACAACAGGCUUUGACAACAUCACUAGUGGUACAACAUAUGAAAUGUCAUCAACCACGAUACUACCUGUGUCCAGUACAACUCCAGCAAUUACAACUCCAAUUCAGAUAAUAACAACACCAGCCCGUCCAGUGGAUAUCAGCUGCCUCCCUCUGAACCUCAUGGGCGAGAUGGAUCAUUUGACUCAGGAGGAAUUCACCUCGAAGCUCACAGAUUCCUGCAGAUAUGACAGAUUAAUCAAGCCGGUGACCACUGAACCUUUGCAAGUGAACAUGCAGAUCGAUCUUACUCAUAUUGAGUCAGCUGAUGCACAGCAAAUCAAGUCGUAUAUCUUCGUGCAAUUAAUCUACCAAGACAAUCGACUUAAAUACGACACAUUCUCUCCAAAAAGAGGCAGUAUUCAAGGGGAAGAACCUUUGAGAAAUAAAAUAUGGGUUCCUCAUUUAAUAGUUAGGAACGAAAGAGAGUCAUCUCUCAUGGGUCUGGAUGGAACCGACGUCUUCGUUCAGAUUAUGCCUAAUGGAGGCGUAACCUAUUCCUACAGAAUGACAUUAACGUUUUACUGCUGGAUGGAUUUGCAGAAGUUUCCUUUCGACGUUCAAAUUUGUGAAAUUACAUGGAUAAGUUGGUCGUAUGACGACUUAAACUUGGUGCUGAAAUGGGCCAAUCAGAAUAGAGUUCAAAUUGCAAACAAUCUCCACUUAACCGAAUUUGUACUAGAUUCAUAUUGGACAGAAGAGAAUGUCUCACGUGCUUCUUUCAACACGGGUGGUCUUGCUGGUAACUACAGUUCUCUCACGUUUAAAUUUAAACUGCGCAGAGAAAUUGGUUACUACAUCAUGGACUACUUUUUGCCAUCCAUAUUUCUCGUAAUUACAUCCUGGGUUACGUUUUGGUUACAAGCCGAUGCCAGCGCACCUAGAGCUGUUUUAGGAACAUCUACCAUGCUGUCGUUUAUAACACUUAACGGUGGCCUAACCAAGAACCUGCCAAAAGUGAGUUACAUCAAAGCCAGCGAGAUAUGGUUCUUAGGCUGUUCCACAUUUAUAUUUUGCUCGAUGGCGGAGUUCGCUUUUGUCAACGUCAUCUGGAGGAGAAGAAAACAAGUUGAAUUGAAAAAAGCAAGCAGUAAGUACAUAUUAAGGGGCGCUGUAACGCCUAGUUUGAACAGAAAGCAACUGAGAAGAUCCGAAUCGUACAACAGCCUGUACAAAACCCGUUCCUGUUCCAGUCUCGAUGAAAAAGAUCACAAUGUGAAUCAGAUCAGCCAGAAUAACUAUCUCACUGUACAUACAUUUCCAACUGAUAUGCCGUCCAUUCCUAUUAUUCAAACUCCACCCAACAGCCAGGACGAACUGAUUAACAUAGAAGACAACAACGUCACUAGUAUCCCCGUUCCAGAUAAGUCAACUAACGGGAAAAACGUUACUUGGACUACUAUGUCCCCUCACGAGGUGGCCAACUGGAUCGACAAAAAAUCCAGAAUAGCUUUUCCAGCAGCGUUUUUAAUAUUCAAUUUGUUUUACUGGUCGUUUGUGUAUGCCUUGUGAGAGAGAAAUAAGUAUGUAAAUUUUUAGAUAUUUUUAAAUUAUACUAUACCGGAUGGUGCAUCAUGUUUGGAAACAUAAGAAAUCGCUUCAAAAUUUUGAACUGUCCAGAUAUUGGCGUCCCUGUUAAUUUUGCAGCGAAGUUGUAAAUAGGUUUUUUAAAGGCCAUGCCAAACUUGAGCCAU